GGUGCAACAAUGGCCAAAACAAAGUUGAAUAAUGACAGUCAACCUCGCUGUCGUUGUUUUUCGAUGCCUUGUAUUUGUUAUCGACGUUUCUCACACAAACCUAAUACCACGCUUAUUAGGUUUGUGCUCACGAGCGUCUCCCUUCAUUUGUGUAGCUGCAGAAUGUGAAAUCCUUGGUUGGCUCUCCUGCGCUGUCGGCGACGCGCGCACACGUGCACAUACGCACACUCGUAGCAGAGCAUCAUAGAGGGAGAAGCAGCGGCAGCGAAAACGGUUUGGAGGGGAGGGCGACGGGCUUCGACUUUGGAUGCUUAGUCACAUCUUGCCUUUCCCUGAGAGGCGAGGGAUGGAGCGGGUAGAAGAGAAACACUGAGCGGGUCAGCGGGAGAAGAUACGGAAGAAAGCAGGGGGUGCCGCUAAAUCCGGAGUAGACGAUGCUUAUUUGCCGCAGGCCCCGCCAUCGUGAAAUUGGAUACCGACUUGCGGCGGAUGGGGUGACCGAGCUUGCUGCUCCGCCGGGGAGGUCCCUGCCUUCGGACGUUACCGGGGUGGGAGCUGCCUGUGCCCGGUUCUAAGGAAGGAAGGGUUGGCAAGAGGGAAAAUGCAGACGGAGGAGGAGACGGCUACCGCAGAAGAGCCCAUUUUGGACGAAGGGUCAGGACGAGACCAGGUAAGAGGAAAAGGACAGGAGCGAAUUGGAGCCAGCAAGACAAAAUGGUACAGACAGACAGAGAGGGAGGGCAGGAGAGGAAUGAGCCGGAUGGAUUUUGGCAGUGGAGUUCCCUGGAGAAAGCAACGGCCAGUCCAACAGUCUCUGGGCUCCUCCCUGUGUCGGGAGUCCCAUUGGAAGUGCCUCCUCCUGACCCUCCUCAUGUACGGCUGCUUUGCCACACUCGCCUGGUGCGCUCUCUGUCGCGUAUCCGUUCUCAGCUCCUCCAUACCUCGCGGUGCUGACGGCGAUGCCACCUCGGCGGCCUACUAUAAUGACAUCCUGCACCUGGAAAGUCCGUGCUCUAGCGGCUACGUCUACAUCCCGCUGGCCUUCCUGGCAAUGCUGUAUGUGGUUUACUUGGUGGAGUGUUGGCACUGCUUCUCCAAGACGGCAAUGCUGGCUCAUGCUGAAUUCCAGGAAGUGUAUGAGCGUGUGCAGAGACUUCAGCAGGCCACACCCUGCAUUUGGUGGAAGGCCAUCAGCUAUCACUACGUGAGGAGGACCAGACAGGUGACAAGAUACCGCAACGGAGAUGCAUAUACCACCACACAGGUCUACCAUGAGCGGGUGAACACUCAUGCCUCCAGUUCAGAGUUUGACUACGCCCGCUAUGGUGUCAAAGACGUGUCGAAGGAGCUGCUGGACCUGCAACUGCACCCUGCUGUUCGCCUCCGUUUCACCAAGUGUUUCAGCUUCUCCAGUGCACGUGCUGAAGCUGCCUACCUCACCCAGCGAGCGCGCUUCUUCGGAGAGAACGAGGGGCUUGACGACUACAUGGAGGCCAGAGAGGGGAUGCACCUGAAGAACGUAGAUUUCCGUGAACACAUCCUGGCGUUCCCAGAUCCUGCCCACCAGCCCUGGUUUUCUCGGCACAGGGUCUUCUGGCUGGCUUCUGCUUUCCUCCUGUCAUGGCCGCUGCGGGUUGUGUCCGAAUAUCGCACAGCGUACGUCCACUACCAUGUGGAGAAGCUGUUUGGGGAGGACGAGGACGGCGGCGGAGGUGGCGGAGGAGGACGAGGGGACGGGGUUGAAGGAGGGACAGAGAAUGGAAUCCACCCUGGGAUUGGUCUAAAUGGGAGUUACAGAGCCAUCUCUCGCGUCAACACGGUGGACAUGACAGAAUUGGAGUGGCACAUCCGCUGUAACCAACAGAUGGUCCCGAGCUACUCUGAAGCCCUCCUUAUGGACUUGGACAUGAGCGUGGGGACAAACCCUACCGCGUCUACGCCCAUCUCUGGGCCUACGAGCUCCACCCCCAGCCAGGUCACUAACCCUCCUCCUCUAGCCUUGCCUGUUGUCUUCAACUCAGCUUACCUCCUCCAGAGCUGCCCCCGAUGCCGGAGGACCACGUCCAGUUCCAGUCUUCCCUCCAGGCUAAGGGCCCCCAUGGGAACCACAGCCCUCCUGAAUGCUACCGUGGCGGGGAUCAGGGCAGUGGGGCAGGGGGGUGGGGGUAUAGGAGGAAGGCUGGUGCUCAGUCGGAGCGGAUUCUCUCUGGGGAGACUGGGAGGAGUGCGCCAGAACAGCCUGUUUCAUUCGAGAAGCAUGGGAGGAGGGCUGGGAGGAAGUAGGGAAGAUGGAGGAGGAAGUGGAGGUGGGGGAGGAGGUAGCGGUGGAGGAGGUGGAGGAUUCCUUGGGUUAGGUUCAAGGCAGGACAACGAGGAGACCAGAGGAGUGCUAGAAGGAGAAGGGGAGGAGGAGGAGGAAGAGGAGCAGCAGCAGCAGCAGCAGCAGCAGCAGGAGGAGGUGACGAGGAGGGAACAGGGAAGAGGAGGCAGAGAGAGGGACGAAGAAGCAGAGCAAGACGGUGGAGGGUUAGGCGAGGUGAGGGAGGGUGACGGGGGAGGGAGGGAACGUCCGCCGUCCUACCAGGACGCAUUCUUCUUCCCCGUCCUCAUCAUACACGGAGAGGAGAGCUGCCACGCUGGAGACGACAUGUGACGAUCAAAAGAGUAAACGCACUGCAAGCGAGAACGUCUGGGCAGAGGCCGAGGGAGAUGAAAGAACACACCGAACACACAGAACAGAGUGGAUCAGAGAGGAAGUGGAUGAGUCAAAAUUAGAUAUAAUAGGCCUGAACGAUGAUAUACCAACCACAGAAAAGAAGAGAGGACUCAGUCAGAACAAAGCAUACGAGGUAAGAACAGUUUUGUGACCGACAGAAUUACCAAGGAAAGAGGGGGAAAGGGUAGCCGUGGUGAUUGGAUAGACGUAUGAUGGAGUCAAAAGAGAAAAAAAGAAUGUGCUGUAAAAUGCGAGGAGUGCAUACCGUAAAAAGCCAGGAAACACACUGGUUCAGAAGGAGAUGAGGGCUGAUAGGGAGUGCAACAGCAAAAUAAUAUGGCGUCUGAAAAUAUGAGUGAAGGCAAGAAAAUCCUCACACUUGUAGACCUUGCUACACAGAGCUUGCGAGAGAGAGGGGGACCAAUCCAAUACUUAGGAGGAACAGAAAGACUGAAAACAUGGGAAUGACUAUUCCCAGAUAUAUCUAUGCAAGAACAGGAGUGGGAGGAGUGUCAAGUGUAAAGAUAGCAGAUUGGAGAGCAGUGGAGAGACUCCACACCAGCUGAGUGGUAGUGUUUGUUUUUUUCAAAAGAAACAGAAGUGGAGGAUUUGCAAAAGAGUAUUUUGAAGGCAUAAAAGCUUUGGUUUUGCUAAAAUCUAAAAUGCCUAGUGGAGGACUAAAAGAUAUGCCUCAUUAAAAAAGAUGAAAUGCAGGAAGAGGAACUCCUAAAUAUUUCAGACGUGGGAAGAAACCGAUGAGAUCACAAAGGACUACAAGAUGCGAUGUAGAGAAGUAGAGGGAGUGAAACAAUGACACGCUUUUGGCAAUGUGGAAAAAUAGCAAGGGAGGAGAGUGUAAGUGUACAGAGCACAGCAUAGAAACAACAGACAAAGGGAAGAAGUAGAAUACAAAACUGACCAUGACAGACCAGAUUACCCUAAAUCCUGUUUUCCACUUGACAGAGAAUUCAUUUAGGUUCCUUUUUAAAAGAAAUCAAAACAGAGUUAUCAAAAAGAUUGACUAAAGAAGAGGAGGAAAAAAAUAAGAAGAUACAGGAUUUUAUCACAGAGACAAAACACCGUCUGAGCAGCAAUCCUGACCUUAAAUCUAAUCAGAGAAUCAAAUUCAAAUAGUUUUCCAAAGUCACUUUUUCAAACCAGUCCCAAUGACAAAUGAGGUAUUUCUCAGGUCUUUUAAAACGUACUAUACACACACUUAGGAUUGGGCAUCGAGAACCAGUUCCAUUGGAUCGUUU